AUGUCUGGCUCAGUCACACCGAUGCCCACCCUCAAAACAAUUCUGACUGUCGAUUCCCCGCUGGUACCCGACUCCGACUCGACUCUGUCCUCCGACGAUGGAGAGACGAGAUCGCUGACCGAGAGCGUCACCGACUACCCGAUGUACUGGGGGCGAAGAUAUCAUCGAUACAAGGAAGGAACCUAUCUCUUUCCCAACGACGAAAAUGAGAACGACCGUCUCAAUGAUCAGCACGAAAUCCUUAACCAACUCCAUGGUCGUUUGUAUUUUGCCCCCCUCAACCCCAACCAGGUUCGCAACGUUCUCGACCUGGGGACCGGCACCGGCGUCUGGCCCAUCGAGUUGGCCGACUCGGAACAACUGCCCCACGCCACUAUCACGGGAGUCGAUCUGUCCGCCGUCCAGCCUCUCGAGGUGCCCGAAAACGUCCAUUUCGAGAUUCAGGACUGUUCUGAGGAAGAUUGGGUUCGCCCGUAUGGCAGUGUGGAUUACUGCCAUGUCCGCUUCAUGGCCGGCGCUCUCACUUCGUACCAAGACCUCAUUCGCAACACUCGGAAGUAUCUCCGUCCCGGAACCGGCUGGCUCGAGUGUCAAGAACUGCAUCCACAGCCAGUCUCCGACGACAACACCAUUCCCAAAGACUGGGGAAUGAAACGCUGGGAUGAGCACCUGGAAUACGCUUCCACUCAGUCCCUCUACCCUGCCCGACCGGUCCGAAUCGCUGCCGACAUCAAGACCUGGAUGGAAGCGGCCGGCUACGUUGAUAUUCAUGAACACAUCUCCAAAAUCCCACUGGGACCAUGGCCGAAAGACAAGCGACUCAAGAAGGUCGGUGGCUUUUGGCUGAACAAUUGGCUGGCCGGUCUACCAGGUUUCACCUACAAAUUGUUCGGCAGUGAAGGGUUGAGGUGGAGCCGUGAAGAAAUCGAGGUCAUGUUGGCCGAAGUCAGACAGGCCGCUGCUAUGAAGGAUGUUCAUGCUUAUCAAAGGCAUUUUGUGGUCUAUGGCAGGAGACCUACGAGGGAUGAAGAAGAAACCAUGCUAUACCAAGGCCCAGGUUGA